GAAAGCAUCAUGUAAUAAUGCAGUAAAGUAAGGUUCAGAGUGCAGCUAACUAAAUUUAUUUAACUGGAGAAGGGUUAAGUUUGAGAGAGAAGAUUAAUUUUUUACUGCAAAUUGUUUGUAAAUUAGCCGAAGGUAAAUAAAUGUAUUCAGAUGGCGCCACAAAGCAGGGUUCAAAUGAAGAAAACUAAAAGACCUGACCCCGUCCCUGUAAAAGUUGCUCCGAUCAAAGUUGCCCCCGCCCCAGUCAAAACCACCCCCAUUGUCAAAGUGGUCGAGGAAUUCGACCCAUCCGACACCCUCCUCCAGCACCUAUCCACGCUGCACACACGUGGCAAGGAAUUCAGCCAGAGCGGUGCUCACCUCGAGCUCGUCGACCUCCACGACGCCAUCGGCACCCUCAACGAGUCAAAACCCUUAACCAGGCUAGAUUCCAGUGAGAUCAAAUCCUUCAUAAAUCACGGGAUGGGACAAGUCCUCCAAUUCAUGGGGAUGGGAAUCCUCCUCUCCCCCAGUAGAAAACGCCCCCUCGACGAGGACAACCUGCUCAGCCAAACGGUCCAUCAAAUUCUGCUCUUCAUACAAAAAUUCGUGCUACGAUGGAACAUUGAUGUUACCGAAGUAUUAAACCGUUUCCACGAUUUUAUCAGGGUGCUCCAAACCGCUGAGGGACUAAAUUUCGAUCCCGGGUUGAACCUAACUUUUUGGCGGGAUCGAGAAAAAACUGAGUGCAUAAGGGACAACGAUGACCCCUCCGUGGUAACCCUGGGUUACGAAACCUUUUCUAAACUGAGAUAUUCAACGACUCCACAAAACCUGGCGGAAAUCUUGGUAAACUCUACCCCAGAGGGAAUCAUACUUCGCGGAAAGGCGGGAACUGAAGCAGUCUCAGCGCAAGGUUUAGUCUACUGUGAGGUGGAGUUAGAUGAAAACCAAGCCUCACGGGGAGGAUCUACCCUAGUGCGAUUCAAUUUGCCCGACAUUACCAAAAAAGUUGAGGGUAUUACGAACUAUUUCGAACUGGCGGGAAGGGACAAAUUUUCACAAAUGGUGUUAAUCUCGCAUCGGGUGGAGAACGAGUGGUGGCUUUUGGAAGGGGGCAAUACCACCACAAAUCCUUCCCCGGGGGGAGAUCCUUCACCCCCGAAAAGAAGUAAAACCAUAGAAACCCCGCGAAUUCGAAGGGUACCGCCAAUCCAAGAUAUUCGCGAAUUCGAGUGGGAUCUGGACCACUGCGGGUGUGAAAAGUGUGACCCGGUCCGGCCAGAAUUUGUGAUCGAGGGCGAGCUUAAGUUGGAGAUGGUUAAUUUUAAAGUGAUAUUCGACUAUGAUCAUAAUUGCGGGAGUUGUGCGGAGUGCGAGAUGCGGCGGGAGUGUCAAUACGGGGAUUAUGAUGAACCUGUAGUUAUCUUUGCGGAAAGUGUGCCGCCACAAGAACGCGGAAAAGUGAUACGUUUGCAGGAAGAGUUUAAAAUAUUUGAUGUGGAACAGUUCGAUAUAAUGAGACAUUACUGGGAAGAAGUGGUGUGAAGGUUUUAAAUUCGGAGAGAAUAUUUAAAGUAAUACUUUCAAUAAUAUGGAAAGCACAAAAUUACAUCUGUAAAUAAAUAUAUUAAUUUUUUACUGUGUAUUUAACAGAGGUAAUUUACCUUAAUAAACAAAUUUACUACUCGGGUUAUUUGUUACUCAAAUACAUAAAUUAUCUAUGAGCUACUUACUUUAUAACUAAUUAUUUAAUGUUUUUUUUGUAUAUGUAAAUAAAUAUGGAGUGAAAAAUACUUUCAAUAUUUUAUUCAGAGUGACUUGAGGCGUCUAAUACACAUAUAUACACAUGCAUAUAAAUGUUGUUUCAAUAUGUGUAAUAUUCAGAAUUUCGGAGUACGAGUAUUAAUGUAAGUAUGAAAAAUCCCUGAAAUAUGUAUGUACAUAAAUACGAUAUUUAAUAUUUAAGAGCAUUUUGAACGAGCCCAUUUCACGUCUUAGAAUCCUUAAAAAAUUGGAACUAAUUAUUAUUAAUUUAAACUCAUUGGAACUUGUUGAUUUUAAUUUUAAA